GAAGACUGUUUCCUGGGUCCUUGGCUCAAACAGUAACUUUCUGUUCAGUACAUCUUAUAACUUUAUUAUUCCACUGGAUGCAGAGGGCAUUCAUAUUCAGAGUUCAUAAACAAACACACUUGUGAUAGUAUCUACUUUUAUUGUAAUGCUGACAUUACAAUGAAUGUAAUACACAGAAUACACACAUACACAGAAAACCCCAACAAUGAUAUGACCCCCUGUGAGCAAGCACUUUGGUGAGAAGGGAAAACUCCUAUUUAACAGGAAGAAACCUCUGGGAGACUCAGACUCAAGAAGGGGCGGACAUCUGCUGCAAGUGGUUGGGGUGAGAAGAGGAAGACAGGACAAAAGACAUGCUGUGGAAGAGAGCCAAAGAUUAAUAAUAACUAAUUAAUAAUAACUAUUUACACAUUGUGAGUGAGAAAGGCGAAUGAGAAGAACAAUCCAUGUGUUAUUGCUCGUGUAACAUUGGCUCUUUUUACUUGUAUGAGUAACUUAAUCUUUAAUAAUACUGCAGUACAGAACUUCAGUGAAUAAUUGAAGAACAGAUUAUGACAAACACAUUUUUAUGAACAAUCCCUCGGAUGAAUGUGACUUGUCACCAAUUCCAUGCACCAGCGCCACAUGGAAAACAAGGAGAGUGCCCUCGGAUUGGCAGACUAAGGUGGUGAACCAAGGGAUCAUAUACCUCAGCCUCCAUAGGGAAGCUACACCACUGUCCUGGUGUUCACAGGAUCCAAAUCCCACAAAGACGAAAGAAGUUCUUCAUUGUCAUGCAAAGUGUGUUUUAUCCAGAUGAUCGCAUCAAUGCCAGGUAUGACAUUAAGGGCUGUGAGGUGAGUCGCUGGACAGACCCUGCACCAGAGGGAAGCCACAUCAUUGUGGUUCUCAAAGACCUCAACUUCGAGGGCCAGUUCAUCACUCUGGACCAGCAGCGUUCCUGGCUCCUGCGACAGGUGGAAAUUGACACACACUUCCUCCGCCAGCUCAACGUGUUGGACUACAGCCUUCUCCUUGCUCAUCAGCCCCUACACCACGACGAGCGCCACCAGGGCCUCUCCUUUGCUACGUUCAUCGUAAGAGCAAAAAAGUCUGUGAAUCCAGGCUCCAGUCCAAUCCAUAUGAAUGCAGCCACAGUUCCCGGAACAGUCGUGGACGAGGACCCUGCCCUAUCCUUAUCUGAAACAGACAGCGGCUUAAAGACACCACACUCUCAAGCUGCAUCAAGGAGCAGCUCUCCUCGAACAUGUGCAAAGGAUGCUGGGCCAGCGAGCGCUGAGGCUGAGCUGCAAGACUUCCAAGCCCAAAACCGACGUUUGCUGCCAAACUUAAAGAAUCCUCUUCACAUCAUUGAUGGCCCCGAGCAGCGCUACUUUGUCGGCAUCAUUGACAUUUUCACAGUUUACAGUUUUAAGAAGAGGCUGGAGCAUUUGUGGAAGAGGUUAAGGCACCCCGGUCGGUCCUUCUCAACCGUCAGUCCACAGACUUACUGCCUCAGGCUGUGUCAGUGGGUGCAAGACCACACCAAGUAGAGCCUGAACAAGAGGUGGAAACUCAUCUCCACUUCUCACCGAGCAAGUCCAAAUAACCAAAGUUCAAACGCAUGGCGUAAAGCAGGAUUCCUCUUCUCUCCAACCUUCUCAUCAUAAGAACUUCAGACAUUAAAUGUGGGCCUUACCUCUGAACCUUUAGCAGAUACCAAAAUGAUUUUUACACACACAUAAAUUAGAUUUUGUAGAAAAUGGAUGGAUGGCUGAUUACGAAACAAUGCAAUGAAACAGGCUGUACGCAAAUAGGAAUUUCAUUAUUUAUUUGAACAUUUUUUUGAGAAGCAGACAUGGAUUACUUCUUUAUACUUCCUUAACCUGCCAAAUAGUUUUAAGACAAGUAUGCGUUUCAGCCCACUGUGUUCAAAUUUUAGAAUUAUAUUCUGGAUUUGACGCUUCAAGCUGAAUGUUUGGGGUAUCUUAGCUUGCUAUGACCAUGAAACUGAGCGGAACUCUGUACUUGGGCCCACCCUAAAGCAUAAGCUGCUUUAUUCUAAAUUUUGACUCUGAGUGGGACCAUAAUUUACAGACUAAACACCAAGUUGUGUUCAAAAUGGCUUAAAUUGAGUGACUCUGACCACAAACACAUCAAGAAAGUGAUUAGAGAAGUCAUGAAUCCAAAACAACACAGGGUUAUUUUCUGAUUUCUCUUCUAUACAUUCAUACUUCUUUUUACAACCAGAGGGUUUUAAAAGUAAUGCAGGUGUAAGGCCUUUAAUAUACAGAGACUGUGAUGUCCUCUAUCCAGAUGUUAUUGUUUCUAUCCACUUUUUCUUCUGUCACUGCUAAUGCUACCUCAGAAAGACAAAUUUAAAUACAUGGGUGCAUUAAAGGGUUAAAUAAAUACUUGUUUUGUGUUUUGCAAACCAGUGAGUUUGUGAAGCAAAUAUAUUUGCAGCACAGGGAGCCUCAUUCCUUAAGAUCACAGCAUACAUGUUCUAGCGUCAUGGAAUAAAGCUGACUUGCAAUCUUUUUUUCUUUUUAAUAUAUUUUCAUUCUUAUUGACUUCUGUAAUGUACAGGGUGAACCUACAGACCUUCUGUUUUUCCCCAUCUACAGGGUGGGCCAUUUAUAUUAUAUAUAAUAAAAUGGGAAUGGUUGGUGAUAUUAAAGUCCUGUUUGUGGCACAUUAUAGUAUAUGUGAGGGGGCAAACUCCUCAAGAUGGGUGGUGACCAUGGUGGCCAUUUAGAAGUCGGCCGUCUUUGAUACAACGUGUUAACCUCUUCGACAUGUCAAUGGGUGUGAACAAAGAGAAACUUGUAAAUAACUCAUGAAAGAAUAAAGUUACGUUGAAACCAAGCACACCAUUGUUUUUCUUGUGACAUUACCAAUAAGUUUGAUGUGUCACAUGGCCCUCUUCCUAUUGAAAAAACAGAAGUUGUAUCCAAGAUGGCCGACUUCUAAAUGGCCACCAUGGUCACCACCCAUCUUGAGGACU